GCGAAGAAUAUGGCGACAGUGCUCGCCUACAAGGUUGGGUUUUAGGAGACGCUCCCUUCUAGGGGACAUCAGUGGUUCGCGCUCAUUGGUUGAUCAAGUCUCAUAUUCAUAUGAGGAAGCAAACGAACACAACACAACCCUGACUGGAAACGGUACUGCUGACGCGGAGCACACUGAGUAUUAUUUACAGCUUUGCAUGUGCAGUGUUGUUGCGUAUUAUUUCAAUCAAAAGAAUGGUGCAGUUCCUGCAGAGGACUGAAUCCACCCUGCAGAGCACAAUCUGAAAGAAAAGUCAUAAACUUCCUCAAGGAAAUAGAAACUCAGGCAGACAUCCAGGCCUUAAUUUGAUAUGGCCUCCAGGAAGCAGAGGAAGAGAGCGUCAGCAGAGCCCCACUCCCACUUGCCCAAAGUGCCCCAUAUGGAGAGUGGGGGCCACUCCAGCAUGGAACCAGCACUAACUGGGGAUCCACUGCCAGAGUCCCUGGGUCCAGCACAAUGUUCCCAAAACAUUGGCAAUACCCGGGGGAACUCAUUGACCAACGCGGACAACAAUGGGAAUGUCCCGAGGGAAGGGACUGCCACAAUGAUGGUGGGCGUCUUGACAGACAGGUCGAGGGCCAAUGGCAAAGAGACGUUACAGGAACAGCAUAAGUCUGCCAGUUCAGUUGGAAGUGAAAAAAAGAGAGAGAAGAAAAAGAGAAAUAGAAAAAGAAAGAAAGGACAGGAGGAAACCAAGAAUGUGGAUGACAGCAAAACCCAAACUCCUCCUGCAAGUACCCUGAAGGAAGGUGAGAAGGAUCAGAUGAAGAAAAAGACCUCCCAGAUCAGGAGCACCAAAGGGAAGCAUGCUGGGAAAGCGCAGGCGGGGCCUCACACGCGGAGACUGACAAGCAGAGCGACGCAGACAGAGAUAAAGCCUGACCAGGUUGAGCCUCAAGCACAACGAGUGGAGUCAAAGCACAAGGAGACUCAGACCCCGCUGGCUGAGCUGACCUCUCAACACACGCAGACGGACAUGACCAGCACCACUGAGCCGAGUGCAGAACAGCCAGCUCCUGCAACUGAGACAGGGGGUCAGAGCCUGGAGCAGAGGUCUCAGGAGGUGAAGCCAGGCCAGGCGGGGGAAGACCUGAGACAUGGCAAAGCUAAGCGUGGACCAUCAGACCAAAAUGCAGAGAACCCCAAAGAUGUGAACCAAGGUGUCCAGGGGCAGACUGAUGCACAGAAGGGACGUGAUGCUGUAAAUAUCCAGGGUGCGAAGGCCAGGAGCAGGAGCACCGAGCGUGAGAGGAGGGCUGAGGAGCACCAAGACCAAACAGGAGACCAAGGCAGAAAAGCUGAUACGAGGAGGAAUGGUGCAUCUUCUCUUGCAAGAGAACCUGCUGGACCUCCGAUGUUCACAUUUUAUAUUUAUGCAGUUCUGGACAAGAAGUUCAGAUUCAACCAGAAUUCUGACCAACUUCUAUUGCUUCUCUCUGAAAGUUAUUAUGUUUUUCAGACAACUUAUUUCUUAGAUCUAAGUGAAAAAGGCUGUCUGAUUGAAGCUCACAUGUCAGUGGAAGAAAAUUUAAUUUUAAGGGGGCACAGAUUGGAAUACAAGUAUGGUGUGCAACAACGAAAAAAUCAGAUUCAGGAGGUUGCACUCAGAUGGUUAGAGAUACCACGUCACCCUGAGCAAAAAGAAAUGCACAUCUUUGAGGGACACAUUAAUCGUGGCAACUCAUGGAAUGUACUACACUGGAUUAGCCACUGGGUUAAAUCAGGAAAACAGGAGGUUCCCCAAGCAUGGGUGAGCUCAGCCCAAAUCCUACUGGACCAGCUUUUUGAAAAGUGGCCAGCCAAAAUCGACCAAGAGGGCAUCCAGCAGUUUGUUCAGCACUUAAGGAGUUUCUGCUGGAAUUUCCACUCAGCUCCUGACCGACUGAUUUAUCCAGACAAAUCUAGACCUCCAUCUGUUAAUGUGUUCAGGUUGGUAUCAGAACGAUUUCUUCGGCUGAUAAGGGGCGAAUCAAAGGCACCGCCUCUGAAGAGCCACUGUGAGAAGAACCCCGUGCUGCUGGGCCUCGCGGUGUUCCAGACCUGCAUGGCCUGUUCACUAGAUGUUGGUGUGAAGGGCUGGGCGGAGCUGUGCCGUAUGAUGACCUCAGAGACUGCUCUGGACAGUCGGCACAUUGCGGACGUCAAGAGUGUCUUUACAAGGGGCCAGUUCACCAUCAUUGGCCUGAUGAACCAGUGUGUAAAAUCCCUUGUGGCCGAGCUCCCGCUCCUGCUGCUCCUUUUGCGCAAGUUCCAGGAGCCCGGUUUGGAUGCCACCGCACCCAGCUCUGGAACGGAGGGGCAGCCAUGGGAGGCACUGGAGCGAGUGGAGUACACCUCUUUCCGGGAGAAUAUCCGCAGCCUCACUGACAAAAGGAGGAUGAUGCUCACUUUAAUUCAAGACCAUAAAUCACAUGCUGAAGAAUGGCCCCAGCUUUGGAUCCAUUGGUUCUGCUUUGUGGCCACAGAGGACAUUCCAGAAUUUUCCACACAGGCUGGACUGGAUGUAAAAUUCUUAACUCAGACCUUGAUGUGCAGGUUGAAGGACUAUGAGAGAUCUAGUAACAGUGAUGAAAUUAGAAGAAUGAACCUUCAGGCCGUCCAGGAUGUCAUCAGCCAUAUACUGAAGAGGCUUCACAGUGAUCAUGAGAGCAUAGUGCAUUCUGGGCGUGUGGACUCCAUGCUGCAGUGUUGCAUCAACAUUGCGAAGAGCACUUGUAUGAUAGCUAAGCUGGUCUCCAUGUACAAAGCAGUGGUGCUGUCCUACCAGCUAGUGCUGAAGGUGACUGAAUUUCAGCACUCCCUCCUGGCAGAGCAGGCGAGUGAAGAGGAGGAUAAAGAUCGAGAACGGCUCUUUGACAUGUUAAGAGCUGCUCAGAGUGAUCUCAGCCAAUGGAGAGGAGACCUUCUUUCCAAACCCCUUUUGACGAAAUCGGGAGCUCUCUCCUACCCCAAAGAAUUCGAGCUGUGGGAUGCUCUGUUGAACGUGGAGUGCUCAGUGCAACAGGUCUCAGAUCAGUGGAGUUCUGCUAUGGAGAGGGACCUGAGAAGGAGGAUCUCCCAGGCCAGUGCCGUAGACCGGGUCCUUGUCUGCUGCCGAAUGUCUUCAGUGGGGGCAUCAAGCACGACGCAUGUCACCAUCACCACUUGCCUCCAAGAGUUGUGUCAGUCAGCCAUCAGGAGUAUCUGCCAGGAUGCCAAAGAGGGUGAUCUGAUGGAGAAGCUCUCCACCCAUGGUAAAGCUGUCCCCAUACCUGUCCUGUCCGCCAUCGUUGUGGAGUCCGCAGUCCGAUUUGAGAAUGAUGUGGUGGGUCAGCUCCUGGAUCCCCAGUCAGCCAUUCAUCACUUCCUGUCUGAAGGUGUUUGGCAGGAUGUUCAAGUAGACCAGAAAGCAGCCCAGGUCCUGGAGAGUGCACGAGCCAACCUGGGUUCUCUGGUGGAGGCCCUCAGGCUGGGCAGUGUUCCUCUGGGACAACUUCAGGCCACUGUGAAGCAUUGUGAAGAAUUUAAGAAGCUUUACCUCCGGUACAAAAGUAAAAAAUCCGGAGGACAGAAUGUUGUGAUUGAUGUUGAGAAGCUUCUGACCCAGAGACAGAGAGACAUGGAAGCUUUUUCCCACCAAAGGGAUCACAUGGACACCCUCAUCAAGAUGAUCAGAAAGAUAACAGAUUUCAUCACAGUUCCAGAGCUGUGUGCUCUUGAGAGGCAGCACAGAGCUGACCUCCAGUCCGUGAGUUUGAACACUCUGGUCAGUGUUCAGUCAUACAGCUCUGGUCAUGAAAAACCUCAGAGGUGUCUAUUGUGGUAUGAUGCCGACCAAACAGUUCUCAGUAUGGCAAAGGAGAUGCAUGAGGUGCAAUCAAGCACUUUGAUGCUCAGUCUGUGGGUGGAGAGGGCAUCAAAUAUGUGCAGUCCUGGCUCCAUGACCAUCCGAAUGACAUUGGCGCAGGUCCAGUUGGCCAUCUGGGCACCUCAGUUAGCACAGUACCAUCAGCUGGCCAGGAAGCUGGCAUUUGGGACAGUCACCUUUGAGGAACUGGACAGAGUUCUGCAAGGAGCGGGCGACAGGGGUGAGGGAGCUCAGAUUGGGAAGGAACUGGACCUGAUGACAAGAAUACUGCAGGGACAGCCCGGCAUUGAGCUCAACUGGACAGAGCAUCGAAUUUGUCAGAUUCGGCAGUACCAGCAGCUCCGGCAGGCAGCAGAGUCCGCCAGUACUAUCCUGGGGAUUGCUCAGCAACUGCAGCUUCGUGGUGACUUCAUGUGCAUUCGCAGCCUCACUAAGAUGAGGGAAGAUUCGUUCAAAGGUAACACCUUAUGUUCGCUAAGUGAUGACCUCAUCGAGGCUCAGUCACAGCUGAGCAGAGUGAACCAGGAUUGCACCGCCUGCCUUCAGGAGUUUUUGCGGAGCAAGACGCUAAUCUCCUGGGUCAAGGCUGAACUCAAGAAGAUGAGUGAAAUGAAGGUCUUUGUGGACCUGGCCUCCAUUUCAGCUGGUGAGAAUGACUCUGAGAUUGACAGGGUCGCAUGCUUCCAUGACGCGGUGAUGGGCUACGGCCCCCUGAUUUACUCCCUGCCCGCCACGGCAGGGUUUGCUGAGUUCAUGAAAUGCACAGAGCUAGUGUGGGAUGCUUUGGAAAGAGACAAGAAGCUGCCACAGAAACUGAGAGACUCCAUGCGCUGGCUGGACUGGCUGAAAGGGCUGAGGGAGACCCAUGGGUCUGUGGAGCAGUCUUCUUUCUCAUUAGCCACUUCCAUCAACAGCAAGGGAGUGUACGAAGUGGGCUGGCCCGAAACACUCCAAGAGAAGCGAACCAUGCAGAACCUCUUGAUGGUAAAGGUGAGAGAGGACAGUUCUGACAAGAGAUACAGUUUGGCUGAGUUACUGGAACUGCAGAACAAGCUCAUGCUGAUGUCAUCCAAAGGGGACCAUGGUAAGGAGCAGGUCAACAGAUUUAUGCAGGUAUUUGAUGGAGUCCAGAGGUUGGGACACGUCCUCCUGCAGCUACAGUCAUCAGGCAACAUGCUCUUUCGUCACUGGGAAGCUCAUGUCUUCUGCAGCCCAAAGAGCAUGCCAUGCAUCAAGGUCAGAUUCCCCCUGCCAGGGAAAGCUUUUGAGUACCGAGGAGAGUUGACAGAGCAGUUGCAAGAACUUUGUCGUUCUAUGGAGUUCUGCCAUCAAGACUGGGUCAAAAUUGUUGGCAACGCCCGCAUCCAGUUCCACUCUCUAAACCAUUACACAGCCGAGCAGAUUGUGCACUUGUGCCACUGGGUGUUUGCUGUCUGGAGGAGACAGACCUCCAUUCCGCAGUCAGUCUGGUACCUUCUGUGCUCAUUGAAGCCAGGGUGCACUUUGAAUAAUGUCAGGAAUGCUUGCUCUAUGGCCAUUGAAACGCCAAGGAGACCACAGCCCCAGCAGACACCACUUGUUCCAGCAGUGGCUGCUAUGGAAAGAUCUGCGAAGAUUUCCGAAUUUCUCUCAGGUGGACAUGGAGAAAACAGAGACAGAAGCGAAGCGGUACCUGUCAAAAGUGUCUCAGGUUUGAGCAAACAAGAUGAUACAAUGGAGGACACUCCCUCUGCUGUCACAGUAAUCCAAAAUGCAGCAGACAGCGUGGAGAACCUCUGGAGUUGUUUUAAAGAGGACAUGCCACAAUACCUUGGCCAGAAUUUAGACAUCUUCACCUUGGGUCGGUUCCUCACACAUCUCUCAGAGAUGAACCGAGAGCAAGUGAAGCGAACGAUGCCAAAAAUCCUUUGCGAAGGAAGGCCUAACCUUGUUUUCUGCCCAGUGACUGAUGUGUUGAGCACAGCCCUUGGCUUUUACAUGGAGAGCCCUGAGCAACCCCUUCCCUCCUCCGAUGAGAUAUUGCUUUGCCAGGAGGAGACCACAGCAGAACAGGUUGAACUCUUUCUUAGACGAGCUCUGAGGCAAAGUGCCCCAGGCAGCGAGAGUAAGAUCUUCACAGUCAUCAAUGUCGGGCUGUUAACCUACGAUGUGAGCGUGUCCAUGGGGGAGUGUUACGAACAUCUGGAGAGGAGUGCAGGGCCUCACUACCGCCUGAUAAUAGUGUGCCCACUGAACCACCAGCACAGAUAUGUUCCAUCCUUCUUCAGCAACCAUAAAGUGCAAGCAAGUAUGAGCAUCACAAGAGAGAAGGCCAGGGAAUACCUUCGCCACCACUUCAUCGCAACCUCACUACACCCACAUGUCUUUCCUGGCAACCUAUCUGUGUGGAUCGUCUCAUCAACGCGUCCUGCUGUUGGAAAGUCCCUCUAUGUGAAGCGGCUGUUCGAAAGGUUCCAGAAGGCAAUUCCCAUGGCCCGGCAGCUGUGUAUCAGACUCCUUGAGGCUCGUGUUCAUCUAGACUCAUUUAUGAGGACCAUGGAGGAGCAGAUGCAAUCACUGAGGGAGCAGGACCCAGUGCUCCUGCACAUCGAUGUGGCGGCGGUUCAAUUUGGUCUGGAGGAGUUCCUCUUCCAGCUUCUAAUUCUGAGCUGUCUAAGUGAUAGUGAGGGGAAUUUAUGGAGAAGAAAUACUGUCCAUCUCAUUACCAUUGAAGUACUUCGACCACAGCCAACUCAAUUGCCUCAAACUCUGAACAAACAGCAGACAGUGCUGGGAUUCCUGGACAUUCUACCCACCAUCCACUGUCGACCACCUAAGGAAGUGAAAGAACUAGCAAUAAAAAUUCAAAACAAAAUCUGCCAGAAGACUUUAGACCCACUCAUGGAUGUGCAAGAGUUUGCCAGCGAAGGUAUUCAGAGACCUUACCAAUACCUGAAGCGGUACAAUAGGAAUGAGAACCUGGAUCCAUUUACAUACCAGGAUGGGUCCAUAGAAGGGAAUCCCAUUGACUGUCUUCACCACUUUCUGGCAAACUGUGGAGUGAGAGACCCAUCUUGGGCUGAGCUGAAGAACUUCUCUUGGUUUUUAAACGUGCAGUUGAAAGACUCUGAAUACUCAUUGUUUUGUGACCCCAACUUUCUGGCUGACCACCUUCGUGGCUUCAAAGGCUUCAUCAUCAAGUUCAUGAUUCUAAUGGCUCGGGAUUUUGCCACACCAUCUAUAAACAUGUCUGACCAGAGCCCUUCUCUCCUUCCUGAAGACAGUAAUGAGGAUGACUUUCUGGCAUGCUUGACCAUGCGCAAGAAAUGGGAGAGCAAACCACACCCAUAUAUUUUUUUCAAUGCUGAUCAUAUUUCCAUGUCCUUCCUGGGCUUUCAUGUGAAGAAAUGUCCUUUGGGGAGAAUCAAUGCAGUGGAUCCACAAAAUGGUGCCGUGAUAAUGGGGGAUGUGAUGUCACAGGACCUUCUAGAGGGUCUUCAGCGGCAAAGGAUCUCUUUGACUGAGGACUUUGACCAUUUGCCAAGAGAGGAAAAAAUUCAGAGAAUUUCAUUUGUCGUUGGAGCCAAGAAAGGAUGGAUUAAGGGACAGUUUGAUCCAGACCCCACUUACGAACUCACUACAGACAAUGUGAUGAAGAUGUUGGCCAUUCAUAUGCGACUUCGCUGUGGAAUCCCUGUGAUCAUUAUGGGAGAAACUGGGUGUGGGAAAACGCGCCUAGUGCGCUUCCUCUGUGACCUCCAGAGAGAGGGAAGGAAUACAGAAAACAUGAUACUGGUCAAAGUGCACGGGGGGACCACUUCAGACACCAUUCAUCGGAAGGUUUUGGAAGCAGAGAAGCUGGCUGAGAAGAACCAAAAGGACUUCAGCCUAGAAACCAUUCUAUUUUUCGAUGAAGCGAACACAACAGAGUCCAUUUUUGCUAUAAAGGAGGUUCUUUGUGACAGAUGUGUGAAAGGCCAUCCACUGAAGGUGGAUAGUGGACUCAAAAUAAUUGCUGCAUGCAAUCCGUACAGGAGACACUCACCAGAAAUGGUGGAACGGUUGGAGCAUGCUGGGCUUGGCUACAGAGUGAAUGCUGGAGAGACAGAGGACAGGCUAGGUAAGGUUCCCCUGAGGCAACUAGUGUACAGGGUCCAACCACUGCCUCCCAGCAUGAUUCCUCUUGUUUGGGACUUUGGUCAACUGAGUAAUUCAGCAGAGCUGUCCUACAUCAAGCAAAUUGUCCAGAGGAAUGUCCAAGAUCACAGUUUACCCACGCAAUGCUACAAUGUCAUUUCGAAUGUGCUGGCAGAAUCUCAGAGAUACAUGCGCUCCCGCAAAGAUGAGUGCAGCUUUGUCAGUCUGAGAGAUGUGGAGAGGUCUAUGAGGGUAUUGCUGUGGUUUUACACCCACAGUAGCCAACUCUUUCCAAACCUGGGAAACACGACUAUUAAGACGUUGAAGUGCUUGGCUUUGGCGGUGGGCGUCUGUUACUACCCGUCACUUGUUUCAAAAACGUCAUACCUAAAAGCAAUCAGUCAGUGGUUUCCAAAGCCCUUAAACUCUGCAGAAUCAAUAGAAGAACAGAUCUCCUCUUGUCAAGACAUUCUUCUGCAAAAUGUGCAGACAAGGGAGACAAUCGCCAAAAAUAUAGCCCUCAAAGAAAAUGUCUUCCUCAUGGUGGUUUGCAUUGAGCUGCGAAUCCCGCUUUUCCUUGUAGGAAAGCCAGGGAGCUCCAAGUCUUUAGCUAAGACAGUGGUGGCUGAUGCCAUGCAGGGCCAGGCCUCUCACUGUCUCCUCUUUAGAGAUCUUAAAGAGGUGCACAUGGUCUCCUUUCAGUGUAGUCCUCACUCCAGUCCCGAGGGAAUCAUCAGCACUUUUCGCCAGUGUGCCCGUUUCCAGCAAGACAAAAACCCAGACGAGUAUGUGUCAGUGGUUGUGUUGGAUGAGAUUGGACUGGCAGAAGACUCUCCACAGAUGCCCCUGAAGACGCUGCAUCCUUUGUUGGAGGAUGGCUGCAUCGACAAUGACAGGCCUGAUCCCCACAUGAAAGUUGGGUUUGUGGGCAUUUCUAACUGGGCGCUGGACCCUGCAAAGAUGAAUAGAGGGAUUUUUGUCUCCCGUGGAGAUCCGAGUGAGAAUGAACUGGUGGAAACAGCAAAAGGAAUAUGUUCUUCUGACAAGUCCGUUCUCCUCAAAAUCCAGCACAUGUUCUCACAGCUCUCUAAGGCAUUUUUAAACAUAUGUGGAACGACUGACAAAAAUCAGUUCUUUGGUCUCAGAGAUUAUUACAGCCUGGUAAAAAUGAUUUUUGCUAUAGUGAAAGAAUCUCAGCAAGAGCCUACUGACUGUCAGUUGGCAGAGGCUGUUUUGCGCAACUUCAGCGGCCAACCUGAGGAUUUUGACCCUCUUAAUUACUUCCAAGACCUCUUCCAAAAUCUUAGCGAAAUCCCCCAUCCAAGCACUCUGCAAAUGGUGGAAAAAAAUUUAGAUCGCUGCAGCAGGGAAGAGAGUCGCUACCUUCUUCUUCUAACCACUAACAGUGCUGCCCUGCACAUUUUACAACAGCAAGUAUUUGCCAGGGGUCGUCAUCCAUCCCCUGAGAUUGUAUUCGGCUCAGGAUUUCCAAAAGACCAAGAAUAUGCCAACAUCUGUCGGAACGUGAACCGAGUGAAGACCUGCAUGGAGACGGGCCGCACGGUGAUACUUCUGAACAUGCAGAACCUGUAUGAGAGCUUGUAUGACGCACUGAACCAGUAUUAUGUUUACCUUGGUGGACAACAGUAUGUGGAUCUGGGCCUGGGCACACAUAGAGUGAAGUGCAGGGUCCACCCAGAGUUCAGAUUGGUGGUUGUGGAGGACCAAGUCAAGGUUUACACACAAUUUCCAGUACCUCUCAUCAACCGGCUGGAAAAGCAUCGUCUAGACAGGAGUGCUGACCUCACCGCCCAACAGCGUGCAGUGCUGUUAAAACUCAAAGAAUGGGUGCAGGAGUUUAUUUCUUUAUCAGAUGAAGCUGCAGAGUUUGAACUGUCAGAUGCCUUUGUUGGUUUCCAUGACGAUGCCUGUGCCAGUGCCCUCUUGCAGACCCUGGAAGAAAGAAGUCAUCAAAUGAAGAAGGUGGAGAGACGCCAGCCAAAAAAGGGAAAGGAAGAAAAGCUCACCGACGACACCCUCGUUGAUAUGGAAUCAAGGGAGGAAGUAGUUCAAAGAGAAGAAGGAGAGCAUGAAUCAAAUAAUCUUCAUUCCAAUGUUGUAAGGAUGGAAACUGCAGCAGCAGAUCUUCUGAGCAGUGCUGGGUCAGAAGAUGAAAGAAGUCUGCCGGUGGCAGAAGGCAGUUGUGAUGUUUCCAUGGACGAUGAAAACAAUGAAUCCAUCACAGUUGACGAAGAGCAAGAAUAUGGGAUACCUGAAAGUCACGUGGAUGCAGCUGACGGCAGUGACAGUAUGACAGACACAGAGACGGAAGAAGGAAGCCAGUCCUUGGAGAGGAACGAAGAGGAGGAGAUCUUUGAAGCUGCUAAGGUCGUCCUGCUUAACUGCGCGACGCCUGAUGCGGUGCUGAGGCUCAAAUACUCAAACUUAGGGCUUCAAGAGAGAGAGCAUCUUCGAAGGAUUUACUUUGGUGACCAACGCCACCUGUCGUUGAAACACUUCCUGAGAAGCAGCAUCAGCGAAACUGAAAACACCAACAAAUUCACAGAGAUCACUACAUACUCAAGCCUGCUGACCCAGCUGGACAUCCAGUCCCUGGGAAUGAACUCCUGUCAGCUGCUUCUGCUGUCACUGCACCAGUUUGACACUGAGGCCUCCUUUUGCUCCAAAAUACGACUCUUCCUACGAGACGGAAGUCAGUGCCACCAUAUCUUGCUCAUUCAGAUGGACGUGGAAGAAUCUGUGUGCAGCAAUGAGCUCAUAGCAUCUGCAAAGUACUGCACCAUGAACGAACUUCACUCCGUGGAGCCCCACGGCUUCUCUUGUCACGUGGUCUUCAUCACCAAGCUGUCCAGAAUGGCUCAUGGUUCCCAGUACACAGGUUUCCAAGGAGGUGUCUGGUCAUCGGUGCAUAUUGAUGACCUCAGGGACAGAGAGGACAUGACGGCUAAUAUUUCUGCCUUCUGCGGAACCCCCUUCAGCAAACUGCUUGUCCCAACCACCUCCUCAGCAGAAGAACUUGGAGGACCUGUCGGAGAUGCGGUGAAACACAUGGAGUCUGGCCCCUGCCUACAUGGGCUCUCCCUACUGAGGUCCUGCAUCCAGCAAGCUGUGGGCUUCCUGCAGGACCCUGAGCCGCUGGCCAUCCGGAGCACAAAGCGCGUGGAGAUCAUGCUGGCGCUUCUGGGAGAGCCAAGAGGAAAGAGCUGGAAAAUACUUGAAGAAUCCUGGGUACCAGGGCGUUUCACAGAGCUGCUGCUCAGGAGGUUGGCGGUGGUGCUAGCUCAACGGGAAGAGAUGAUGUUUGCCCCGGGGGACUGGGUUAACUCUGAGGCCAGGAAGCGACAGGCCCUCCAGGAGGGGGGCACCCUCAGGAACACCCUAUGGCGCAGCCUGCAGACCACCCUCACCCCACUCUUUGCUCAGUUUGUGGAGCUCCUGGAUCGGGAUGCUAAUUUGGAUUUGCUGUGCUACACGGAGACCAGCAGCGGUCUGGUCCACUUGUGGCUGGACAUCCUAGAAGACCAGCAGACGCUAGAGUUGGCUGUGCCUCUCAACUCAAGUAUGGCAGUCCAGGAGAUUCCCGUGCGGCACCAGCUAACGCUGGGUGAAGUACAACAGCCCUGCGCUGCCCCCUUCAGCUGGUUGAUUGCAGAGCAUUGCCAGAGAUUAUGGGAGGAGUCCGAAUAUCUACCAGUCGCCCUUGAGGACAGUGGACAGAGGGUCCUGCAGUUUACUGGGGCCUUUGCCGGCAGCAGGUUGGGCACCUACCUGGGGAGGCUCUCCGAGACUGAGGCUGUGGACUUUGGCCAUCGCUACCUGCGCGACUUUGUGCUGCUUUCCUUCAGGAUCGGGUCAGAGGAGCACCUGGAAGUGUUCACCAGGGCAGUGCAGGCCUGCAUCGCUGAGCUGCAGGAGCGCACCGCAGUGACCCCUGAACUCUCCCCAGCCUGGAUCCUGGCUGCUGCCAGACUGUACGCCCCCAGGCUCGACACUCUGUCUCAUCUACUGCAUCUCUGGCCUCGACUCGGAUGGAGCGUUUUGCAGAAGGACUGCAACAGUGAUGCUGCAGUGAUGCGUGAGGACCUCCUGGCCCUGGGCAUAUGUGUGGAGGAGACCGUGCAGCAGACGAAGACCUCGCUACAUGAGUACGGACCCCUCUUGCGCAAAGUCGAGCUCUUGAAGCCUUGUGUGGAGGGAGCGUUCAGCGAGAACUACAGCGCCCUCUGCAGUCCUGGCUGUCUUCUGCAACUGGAAGAAAUCAGGAUCGUGUGGCACGGGAUGCUUGUAGUUGCAGUCUUCCUCCAACAGGUGGUGCAGAACAUUGAUGAGCCCAGACUGAAGGCGGUGGCUUUGAGAAGCUGCGCUUUGCUGCAGAAGGUGAUGCAGGACUCAGACCUGCGGAAGAGAAGCACGCUAGAGCAGGUGAUACGCAUCCUCAACCUGUGCUACGAGGAGUCCGCCCGCCUUCACUUCAAGUAUGGCACCAAGUGCUCCGUGUGCCUAGCCGAGGUCACCGAGCCGGCUCUCCUUCCCUGUGGCCAUGUCUUCUGCGUGUGCUGCCUCCAGCUCAGCUUCAAGGGUGGGCGGCGGUCUUGUCCCGAGUGUCGGGCCACCGUGCCGCCAGACUUCCGCCCAGCCGUGUGUGAACAGCUCAGAUCAGCUCUACGGCAGCACCAGGAGCUGACAAGACGGUGCAACUCCUUCUUCCUGGAGGUGGUGUCCCGUUUCAGCCUGGCAGAAGGCGAGAGACCCGAGGAGGACGUGGUGGAGCUCCUGUUCUCCUUGCUGAUCAUCAUGCAGGGUUCGGAGUACCGCACCAGAGAGCUCAGCCCUUUCCCAGAGUGCGUGGACCAAAGUCCGGUCGUGCGUUCGGUGCUCCCAAAACUGCUUCUGCAGCACAGUUUUGAGCAGGUGAAAGGUCACCUCCAGCACUACCUCCGCAACCUGGAGGAGCACGUCCUGGACCGCGAGGACCAGAGGGAGCUCUACCUGCUCUUCGUCAACUGCUUCCAGGACUCCCUGUACAGCCCCAAGGAAGGAGAAGCGCUGGAGGUGCAGCGGGACAGACUGCAGAAGGACACGAGCUUCCUGGGCCGAAUGGCCCGCGGACAGACCGCGAGCCACCGCGACCGUCCGGCUGAGUUUCUUCUGGACUUGGCGCGGCUGAGGGUGUGUCUGGGCGCCGCCGCCCGCCUGCUAUGGCAGGCCGUAACUUUGCAAGAGGCCGUCGAUGAAAUGAAGGAGUUGGAGCAGAGGUUUCUGGGCCAGGUGAGGGCCGUAUGCGAAUACGGCGCCAACGACUGGCACAGGGUCUACCUGCUGAGGGCCAUCAACCAGCUGGAAGGCAUGGACUGUGUGCACGCCCUGAUGAAGAGCACCCAGUGGGAGUGGGUUUUCCCAGCGGAGAUCAUCCGCUUGCAGAGACUGAUCCCUGCGGAGGUUGACCGCUACCUGUGCUACGGGCAGCCAUACCUGGUCCUGAGGGACAGUGUGGCCCAAGCGCUAAUGGAGGGGCAGGCUGAUGUGCUUCGGGACAAACUCAAGGAGCUGGACUGCCCUCCCACCGUCGCUCGUGUCCUCCUCUCCCUGGCUCUGUUCCGCCAGGUCACGUGCCGCAUGGAGGCGGCUGAAUCCGCGUUUCGCCCUUCCGCUCAGGGCAUUGCUGUGCUGGAGGACUUCCUGAAGAACAGCACGUCUGGGGAGCACAGGUCCCUAUGCUCAGCCCUGUUGGUCAACAGGGUUCCGGGUCCACAGUGCCCUCUCUUCAUUAAACCAGGAAUGCCUGCUCACCGGCGCUCCCUGCUGGAAGUCCUGGUCCACGCUGCAGCCGUGCUCCAGAGCGGGGUCCUCUUACUGGCUCCCCUCUACCAGAUCGCCUCUCGGCCCCAGGCCAUGACAGAAUCCUUUCUGCCCACCAUGCCUGACGACCACGCGGCCGAGGCUCAACAGUGGCUCAGAGAGAACCGACUGCAGGGCUACUACUGUGGCAAUGGCCAUCUGUGCUUCGUUGGAGAGUGUGGAAGGCCUGUGCAGACAUCAACGUGUCUAGACUGUGGGGUUCUAAUUGGUGGUCAAAACCACAAUCCAGUAACGGGCUUUACCAAGAGAGAAAGUGUCGAGGACAGGACCCGGACCGGCCACGUUUUGGGAGAGGCCAGCCGGAGGGCAGAUGUCCCCGAGAGAAAUAUACCACUAGCUGCCUUCUGCACCCUGCGCCUCCUCACCCACCUGGCCAUGAUGUUAGGAGCCAUGCGAGACCAUGAGGCGGUCAGUGCAAUGAUCCAGCCCAAGGUGAAGGAUGUCCUUGAGUUCCUGUGGAGACACCUGGAGAAGGACAUGGAGAUACUCGGCCGCUCGCUGGGCCAGAACAUGGACAACACAGCCAUCGCUGUCCACUUCAUUCUCCAGGCCUCCCUUCAGCUCACUGCAGCCUCCGGGCAGCAAGGGGCAGACCUGUCCUCCAGAAAGAGGCGGGAACAGUGGGAAAAGCUGGUGUGCGACUCCAUCAUCAAUCCUGUAUUUCAGGGACUGGACCACAAACUGAGGGAGGUUCAGGAGCAGAUCAGCGGUGACAAAGAACUGAGCGGCAGCUCCCUGAUGCGGCUGCUGUACGCCGAUCCUGACCCCGUGCUGCAGCUCCCCUCCGACUGCCCCACCCACCACUCGUCCUUCUGGAGCAUUCCGGUGACGCUGACCGUGGAGCGGUUCUCCCAGAUCUUGGACCAGAACCAGGAGCAGGCCCCCAUGCUGCUGCUCUCGCUCUUUGUCAAGAGGGCGAAAUGUGUGAAGCAGCUUCGCCACCUGCCCGACCUGGUCGCCCUGCAGUCUGACUUGCUCAGGAUGCUCCCCUUGGUAGUGGAACGCAGCUCGUCUCAGACUAUCGGCCAGUUGCUGCAACAAAUCCCAGCUGGCCAGCAGAAGAAAAUGCUGCAGGCCAGGGUGCAGAUCUUCAUAGAGGUUUGGAACAAGCUGAGGAUGGAGCUGGCCAGGAGCGAGGAGAUGGCCGUACCGAAGGCGCUCUGCGAGAUCGAGCUGAGGACGGACGGCCCGAGUGAGUUCCUGUCCCUGAGUCGGCGCGGACCCGCUUCCUGCCUCGGCACGUUGCUCGAUUUCCUGUCUGAGACCCACAACAGCCUGGUGCGGCAGUCCAGGAAGCAGCACCUGCAGGAGGACAGUGACUACAGCAUCCCUCUGGACUCGAUCUCCAAGGCGCAGCUGGUGCUGUGCCACCCCGAGCGCGAACUGCUCCCCCUGCUGCUGGCGCACCGUCACUACACCCUGAGGAAGGGCAAGGAGACGGCGAGCAGCUUCAACCUGCAGGGCAUCCAGGGCGAGCUGGUGCGCCGCUUCAUCGCCGGCAAACCCCUCAUCCGGGCGGAAAUGUCCAAAUAUGUCUUACGGCAUCAGCAGGACUUCUCCGAGCUCCUGGCAGAGGUCAGGAACAAGAUCCCACAGGAGCCCCUGAAGGGCUCGGUGAGCGGCGCGAUGCGGACGGUGCUGUGCUCCUUCCCAGACGUGUGCGAUGCCGUGUGCGCCCUGGAGGUGGCGCUUCGCUUCCUGGGCAAAGCAGGCGGGGACGCUCACGUCCAGCUGCUGUCCUACCUGAGGGACACGCUGAGGAUGGAGCAGCACAUCUCCGAGGCUGUGGCUAAGGCCCUGGGCGAGUGCAACCUGGGAGAGAGCGCCUCCACCUGGCAGAUGCUCACCUGCUGGAAGUCAGAGCUGCGGCUCAGAAACGGACAGGAGCCCUUUGAGCACCUCCCUGCGGAGUACCGGAAGAGGCUCUCCGAGGAGGAGCGCAGGGAGCUGAAGGCCUUCCUCGGCGCCACGGACAGGGACGCCUUCUGCCAGGAGCUGCACGAGAUCCUGCUGCUGAAGACGAGCAAUGCCCUUCGAGACCACAACUACCCGGGCCACUGGGACAUUAGGUCCACCCUGGAGCACCAUCUGGAGAAGAAGGGCUGUCCUGUCCUGCCGGGCCUGGACGACCUGUCGGUCGAGCUCACGCUGGACAAGGGGCCCGAGAUCUGGAAACUUGCAGCGCGGUUCCAACAAUGACGAGGAGUUUACACAUGUGGGAGUAACACCUAAAGUCUCUCCCUACUAUGCCCUCGCUCGGUUUUUCGUUAAACAUACAGUGUAUUACCUUGAAUACAGGUUAAGAUGAUGAUGUGAACAUUUUUCCUCCUUAAGAAGGAGUCAUUCAUUUUUGUCCACUGCAGAGGACAAACACUUGAAAAAUGUACCUCCCGAACUGUAGAUGCUACAAUUCUGAGUCCCAAUGCACCUUACACAGGACAUUCUGUGCCUUCGUGUAAUAUCAAAUGUCGGGGGGGUGCGGAUGCUUACGCAGCUGCCUUGAAAUUGCAAAAAUAAAUACACUUUUGUUAAGGGCUAUAAUCACUUUCAUACAGAGAUUGCGUAACAGAUUGGUUUACGAGUGCUUCACGUUCCUGCUUCACAUUCUUUUUGUGACUGUUAAUGCAUUCCCAUAUAUUCCCAUAGAAAAAUCAUCACCAAAGGAUAAUUUCCUGCAAAAACAACUAGCAAAACACGCUUGUUAAUACGGAAGGAUGCCAUACACUGCAAAGCAGAAGUAG